AUGUCUUUUCCUGCUGCUGAGACGCCAGCUAUAACUCCCCACAAGACGAUGCGAGGCCAUACCGACUGGGUAAAAGGUGUUACGCACCUGCUCGGGGGGCAGCAUAUUGUGACAUGUUCGAGAGACGGCUCACUUCGACUAUGGGACCUAAAGAGCGGUGCACAAGUAGGUGGUGAGUGGCGAGAUGAAGGGGAUGAGGCAGGAGUAAGGACCAUGGCAUUGUGUCCAAACGGCAGAAUUAUUGCCAGUGGAAGCAGUGACGGUACAGUGAGGUUGUGGGACGUCGAGACAAGGAAGGUCAUUGCUAAAUACAGAGAGCACACCACUGUUGUGCAGUCAGUGUGCUGGAGUCCAGAUGGUGAGCAGGUGGUGAGUGGAUCAGACGACGGGACAGCAAGAGUAUGGCAUGUCAUGCGCGGCGAACCCGUCCGGGGUUUGAAUCCAGUCAAGACGGAGCACCAGCACGUAUAUGUGGUGAGUUACUCACCUAAAUCAACAAAGAUUGGGACAGGAGGAUACAACGGAGGAAUCAAAAUCUGGGGCGCAAAGACGGGCAAGCUUCUCUCAACAAUCGAAGACAGAUUACCAGUUUGGAGCCUAACCUGGACAUGGGAUGAAAAGAAGCUUAUCUUCGGGUUAAUCAGGGGCUCAAUUAAGAUAUUCGACACUGCCACAUGGCAACAGAUCGCUGUUCUGGAGGGUCACACGCGGGGUGUCUACUCCAUCACUUUAUUUCGGAACAACCGCCUCCUUGCGAGUACAUCUUGGGAUAAAACAGCACGUCUUUGGGAUCUUGACACAAACCUCCAAGUCGGUUCACCUCUCCAACACAAAAACGACGUCGAGUGUGCGGCCUUUUCUGCAGAUGGAAAGCUGCUAUCCACAGCUUGUCAUAAUUGUAACGCGUACGUGUGGGACGUUCAAUCCGUCCUCAAAGCAACUGGCCUGGAAGACCUCCUGUCCAUACCUUACAGGACACUGUAUACAUCAUCUGGCUCUUCAAACACAGAGUACAUUUCUCCACCCGAGUCGUCGCAUGACAUAGAUGACAGGUCAUUUUUGGAGGCUGACGCCACGCGAGGUUUCGACCACCUCGGGGGCAGAGAGGAACUUCCACCAGGUUUUUUCGACGACACGCAACCCGAUGUUCAUGCACAUUCCUCUGCAACACCUGAUGCCCAUCCUAAUCUUUCUGCACUCCUUGGCCGCCUUUACUCACUUCUUCGUCGCUCUCGACCCAAUGAAGCGACCGAAACUCAGCAACCUCCAGUGCCUUCAGAGUCACGUUUUCAUGCGCUCCUUAAUCACCUGUCCCCACACCUUCGCUCUCCACGUAACACUAAUGAAACAUCCGAACUUCCGCAACCCCCAAUACUUUCGCAUUUACAUCCACAGGUGCUCCUCAGUCACUUGUCCUCACUUUUUCCCCGCCCUGGACUCUACACCAAUGAAGCAACCGAACCUCAGCGAUCCGAAACACCCUCGGUCUCACGUCCAGGUGCACUAAUGGGUCGCCUGUCCUCAGUCUUCCACUCUCCACCUAACGCUGAUGAAGCAAUCGAACUCCAACAUCACUCAGAGCCAAUUACCUCCUCUCACUGCGAUCAUCAUGACGUCGAUGUUGCCGCAAUGCGGGACAGGGAGGUAAUAUUUGUUGCUCCUCACCACGAAACUGCUAGUGAAAAGGCCAGGCGUAUCAAGAACCCAACACCGUGGGUUCGCGUGGUGUUGUUUCUCUGCUGCGUAUCUCCUGGUACCGAUACCAGUCCUGACACCGACGAGACACGUCGCAGAACAUAG